CGGAUCUUGACGCCGCCAAAUUCGACCAUCACCCGACAACAAAUCCGUCAAGAUGGUUGCCGCCAAGAAGCACAUCCCGAUCGUGAAGAAGCGCACGAAGCGCUUCAUGCGCCACCAGAGCGACCGGUUCAAGUGCUUGGACUCGGCAUGGCGCAAGCCCAAGGGUAUUGACAACCGGGUUCGGAGACGGUUCAAGGGCAACCUGGCUAUGCCCUCGAUCGGCUAUGGCUCCAACAAGAAGACCCGCCACAUGAUGCCGUCCGGCCACAAGGCCUUCCUCGUCAGCAACGUCAAGGAUGUCGAGCUCCUUCUCAUGCACAACAAGACCUACGCCGCUGAGAUCGCUCACAACGUCUCCUCGAGGAAGCGCAUCGACAUCAUCGCGAGGGCGAAGCAAUUAGGCGUCAAGGUUACCAAUGCGAAAGCGAAGGUCACGACGGAGGUGUAAACGGCAGGCGACAAUCAUGGGGCAAAUUCUUUUCUGCGUUUUGGAGCAUCUCAGGCGGUCUCAGGGAACGGUCUGCUAUUUGUUUGCGAUUGCCUAGCACCCAAUCGAGCUAGUGAAUGCAAUCGCACGCCUCCUUCGUCACGGACCGAUGGGAAGCUGCUGAGUUAGGCUUAUGCGGUUUUCCCUGCGGGCGUUGGAAGGGAGAUGUACGCGGGACUGAGCUGAAAUGAGUCAACGAGUCACACGGGGGCAUGGCACCGGCUCACGACGACCAAGCGACAUGGUUAGCAUUGGACUGCUGGAAAAUACUUCCGAUUUGUCCAGCGACAAGGCAUCAAUUCAUUCUCAAUAAGCUGGAA